CCCUUUUCCUUAAUUUGCAGCAAGACAAAAAUUAAAAAUCCCAAACAUUUGCAGAAACUCUCCCUGUGCUCUGUUCUGUUCAAUGGCAGCUUCUGCGUCACUAUUAUCACUGUCUUCAAUAUCUUUUGGAGAAAAUUGUUUCAAAAUCAUAUCUGGCCAAGUGACGACAAAGCUCUCCAUUGUUACUCACAAGAAACAACCCCUUCUCAAGUCAAAGCCAUCAUUCUUAGCAUUUCAUCGUUUGGAUGGUCUUCGUUUUCUUUCAUCAUCUACUUCAACUAGAGCUUCUUCAAAUGGGUUUUUCGAUACAACCCAAGACAAAGAGAUUUUGCCGUCCUUUGAGCCAAAGCCUGCUAAAUUUCUCUUUUGGGUCGCGUUUUGGGCGUCUCUUUCUCUUGUUUGGUUUGCAGCUUCUGGCGAUGCUAAUGCAGCUGUCGAUUCCAUCAAAGCGUCCGGCUUUGGUCUAAAGAUUGCAACUGCGUUUCGUAAACUUGGCUGGCCUGAUGAAGCUGUGGUCUUUGCUCUUGCUACACUUCCCGUGCUUGAGCUCCGGGGGGCUAUUCCUGUUGGUUAUUGGAUGCAACUCAAGCCUAUAAUGCUCACUAUCUUAUCUGUUGUUGGAAACAUGGUUCCUGUGCCUUUCAUCAUACUUUACAUGAAGCCAUUUGCUUCUUUCCUUGCUGGAAGGAACCAGUCAGCAUCUCGGUUCCUUGACAUGCUAUUUGAGAAUGCCAAAGAGAAAUCUGGUCCUGUGAAAGAGUUUCAAUGGCUUGGCCUAAUGCUUUUCGUGGCUGUUCCUUUCCCUGGAACAGGAGCAUGGACUGGAGCCAUCAUAGCUUCGAUUCUUGAUAUGCCGUUCUGGUCAGCUGUAUCGGCAAAUUUCUGCGGUGUUGUGUUGGCUGGCCUCCUGGUAAACUUGUUGGUGAACCUAGGUCUCAAGUAUGCAACUAUUACUGGUAUCAUCCUCUUCUUUAUAUCAACUUUUAUGUGGAGUAUCCUCCGACAUAUUAGCAAGUCUUCGAGCUUGUAAAGCUUGUCGAACUGAUGGACCAGUUUAUAUAUACAUUUCAUUCAAUAGUAAGACAACAAUUCUGCUUAUCUAUGUCUAUGUUGUGUCAGUUGGGACAUGCCAAGAUCUUACCUCCCUUGUUUCAAUAUUUGAAUUUUGGGGGUUGCUUUCUCUUA